UACCCGAACCGGAGCAAGCCCCCAAAACGGCUUGCAGUACACACACACACGUUUAAUAUAUCUAAUGGCUUUUUCUUUCCCCCGUUUUGUAACUUUGUAAGCUGGUUUCUCACGAGGGGAAAAAGGCAUGGUAUCAUGUAGGCAUAAACAAAUAGAAGAAGAUGGAUAACUUCAUCCUUGGUAUUUUUUAAUUGCUGCCGUAAAAUAGUGCUGUGUUUGCAACAGAAGGGGGGACGCGUAGCUUUUAAGGAUGACACUUAACUACAGUAACAAAACUCUAGCGUUCUGGGGGUAAACCAUCCAGCGUGAUACGGUGUGGUGUGGUGUGGUAUGGUGGUAUUUACAUCCUUAGAUACAGCAAUGCAGUGUUCUUUACAGCUGAAAAGACAAACUCUGAAGCUGUAAGUAAUAACAAUCCAGUAAAGAAACCCCUCUUUUGACAACUUGCUGGUUUCCUGCUGUGUUCCGUACUAGCACAUGCUCCAUAGAGAUAUUAAUCAAACCCCUCGGUAUUCUUAAGCGUUGUAAUUAGAAGCUUUAAAACACCUAUUGAUUUAAUUUACUUUGAUCACAUGAUUUAAUUCUUUUGCGGUUUUUGUUUGUUAGUACUUGGAAGAAGUAUGUUGGGUUUUACCUGGAAGCUUGUUCCUAUAUAAGGAUUCGAUUGUUGGUUGGAAGAAUAAAUCUGGUGCUCAAGUUCAGCUUUUAUUACUCCCUUAUAAAGGCAUGCUGUCACUAGCUAUCCAGGCUCAAGAGAACCUGUACAUGAUACAGCAAUUUGUAUAAAAUAAGACUGUACUUCAUUUAAUAGGCUAUAGUGGCACUGAAAUAAGCUCUGAAGUUAAAUGUCCCUUGGAUGUGUAGAUGAGCUAUUAAAAGUUAGGCCCUCCCCAUUCUCUAAUCAUUUGUAUUAAGCAUAGCGUUCCUCUUAUAACCCCUGUUCACUUAUCAAUUCGUUAUCAGUGUCCUGUUACCAUCUGUCUUCCGGGAACAUGCCGGAAGUACCAUGCCAUGCCAUGUAGUGCGUCCGCUUGGCGUUGCUCACCCUCCUGAAGAAUGCAUAAACUCUGUCAUCCUCUCUCCCCUGAUUGAAAGUAGUGGGGAGUGUUACAUACUGCCAGUACAUCAUUAUCAAUCAUUAGACAUUCAGUUAGGUGGAGCCAGGUCUCACUAGCAACUGUGCCAAUUAAUUGCUUUUAAAUUGUUUUCAUUUGAUCAUACAAGUCUAAAUUGGAGAAUUUAUUGGCCAAAAUUUGCUAGAAAAAAAGUCACAAAAAAAUUUCUGGAAGUAAGGAACAGAUGCGCCACGCGUACAGUAACACAUAGAACAGGGGACUUGCCUCCUCUUUCUCACGCAUCCAAGCUUGGGUCAGUGACAACUGAAGAUCUGAUGACUGCUCUUGUGAAAUGAGCUAGUGCUCUCACAUCAUUUGUUAUGGAUUGUAUCUUUAAGACAGAAACUUCUACAGUAUGGGUUAGGGCCAAAAACAUGGUUUGAAUAUAAAUAAUACAAUUUGUCCCACAUACAUGGGGAAAAAAAUCCUUGGGAGAAAUGGUCUGUUUUUCUGAGAUAGACCAGAGGAUUGACUUUAUCUGCAUCAUGGUUUUACUUGGGGCCUCAUUUCAGGAAGAUGGGGUAAUGGAAAAGAGUGUUUUUUGUCUUCAAGAUCUUCCUUUCAGUGUGUGGUUGGUUAAUCAUUAACAACACUUCCACAGUACAUUAUCUAAUCAUGGAUAAGGCACUUAGCUUCAAACCUGUUACAGAGAUCUGUUUGACUGCCUCUGUUGGCACCCCUCUGUCUCUGUUUUUUUCUGGCUGAGAAAAUCUGGCUGAUUUUGGUUCAGUGUGAACUCAGGCAAAUUUGAUAAUGGAUGUAGCAUCUUAUCUCAAGUGUAGACAUCCUUUAUCCUAAGGAUGGUUUUAUGUGACCAUGUUCGUAUCGGAGUCCUGCUGUAUGCUGAAUUUAGUCUAUCUGAAGGGCUGCUUACUGAACGGUAUUCCUGAGCUCUUUGCAGCUUGAUGCUGAAGUCACUGAGACUGCAUCUGUUUGGGGGCUUCUGACUUGAUUCACGCUAUUGCAUACCCCUCUGCAGCUAAUAUAGGGACAGCACUGGAAGUAAUAGGCAUUGAGAGUAAAAAUAUUCCCCCAUCAGUGUUGCAUCACCGUCGCUUCUCGCUUAAGGCCAGGACUUCGGCAAGCUCAGAUCAGGAUGAUUGAUUUGUCUCUACAAAGCAUUAGUACUGUAGCAUAGACUCAUCGUCAUCAGGUCUGCCUAUGCUCUUACCAGCCCUGUUUCAUUAUUUGGGCACUGAGGCAUAAAGCACUAAGGCCCAGACUCAUAAAAUAUGUGUGCAUCCAACUUCCACAGAAAAUAAAUACGAAUUGCUUAGAUAAAUACUUUUGUGGAUCUUGACCUGAAUGGCUUGUCCUAGGACAGGUAAUCAGCAGCAGAACAAGUAAUUAAAGAUGGAGCCCUCAAGCUGUGGAUCAGUGCUCUACCUGUUUAAUUUAUUCCACUCCAGCCCUGUAUUGUGUUUGCUCCCAUUGGUUUCAAAUUUUGGAACACUGUGAAUAAAUCUAUAGCUCAGGUAUGUGGGAAAUUUUAUGUUUGAUCAUGUAGGAUAUUUUAGCUGACUUCUUUCUAUGAUCCUUGGCAGGUUUGAAUUUCUGAGGAAAAGGCAGAAGACCCUAUCAGACAAUUCAGUUCUUCAGUAAAAAAAACUUUCUGCUGUUACUGAUGUCAAGGUGGAUAUGUUGCUAACAGUCUAGCAAUUAUGACAGAUGCACUUCAUAUGUUAACUGACCUUAGUGGAAUUAUUUUGACUCUGCUUGCUCUCUGGCUGUCUGCAAAAUCUCCCACAAAGAGGUUCACCUUUGGAUUUCAUCGCUUAGAAGUAUUAUCAGCCAUCAUUAGUGUAUUGCUGGUGUAUAUACUUAUGGCAUUCCUCUUGUAUGAAGCUGUUCAAAGAACUAUCCAUAUGGACUAUGAAAUAAAUGGCGAUAUCAUGCUGAUUACAGCAGCUGUUGGUGUUGCAGUUAACUUAAUAAUGGGUUUUUUGCUGAAUCAGUCUGGCCACCUUCACUCCCACUCCCAUUCGCACCCUCACUCCCCCCUUCCUCAGUUGAACUCUCCUAACACAGCCCACAGCAGCAGCCACGGACACAGCAGCCUUGCCGUGAGAGCAGCGUUUGUACAUGCCCUUGGGGACUUGGUACAAAGUAUUGGUGUUCUCGUAGCUGCAUACAUCAUACGCUUCAAGCCAGAAUACAAGAUUGCUGAUCCUAUAUGUACUUACAUAUUCUCUAUACUGGUGGUUUUGACAACAGUCCGAAUUCUGUGUGACACAGGAGUCAUUAUUCUGGAAGGAGUUCCAAGGCAUUUGAAUGUGGAUCGUAUUAAGGAAGACUUGAUGAAAAUUGAAGAUGUUUAUUCUAUAGAAGAUUUAAAUAUCUGGUCUCUCACUGCAGGAAAAACAACUGCCAUAGUGCACUUGCAAUUAGUUCCUGGUAGUUCAUCUAAAUGGGAGGAAGUCCAGUGCAAGGCCAGACAACUGCUGCUGAACACAUUUGGGAUGUAUAAAUGCUCUGUCCAGCUUCAGAGUUACAAACAGGAAAUGGACAAAACCUGUGCAAGUUGUCAGAGUUCCAGUGCCUAAUUUCAUAUGUUUUGGGAACUGCUGCCUUAUUCUCGUAGUCAAAGACUGAGAGCAAUAAAUGCAAAAUGAAAAUGGU